AUGGCGACAAAUACCAACGGGACUUCGGCUCCCUCAAAGCGGCACGAGGAAUACCAAUACCUCGAUCUUGUCCGCGAUAUUCUAGACGACGGCGAGCAUCGCCCAGACAGAACCGGCACAGGAACGUAUUCCGUAUUCGCACCAACCCCCCUCAAGUUCUCCUUGAACUCCAACGGCACCCCAAUCCUCCCUCUCCUAACCACAAAACGUGUCUUCCUCAAAGCCGUCAUCGCCGAAUUGCUCUGGUUCAUCGAGGGCAACACGUCGUCCCUGCCCCUGUCAGAAGCGGGCGUCAAGAUCUGGGACGGUAAUGGCUCGCGCGAGUUCCUCGACAACGCGGGGCUAUCGCACCGCGAGGUCGGCGACCUAGGGCCCGUCUACGGCUUCCAAUGGCGCCACUUCGGCGCCGACUACGUCGACUGCCGAACCGACUAUACGGGCCAGGGCGUCGACCAGCUCGCCGAGGUCAUCCACAAGCUCAAGAACAGCCCGUACGACCGGCGCAUCAUCAUGAGUGCGUGGAACCCGGCCGAUUUAAAGAAGAUGGCGUUGCCGCCUUGUCACAUGUUUGCGCAGUUUUACGUGUCGUAUCCGAGGACGGCGGGUGCGGGAGGGGAGGCAAAUGGGGAGAAGAAACAGGGACACCUGCAUUGCCAGUUGUAUCAGAGGUCUUGUGAUAUGGGCCUGGGUGUGCCGUUCAAUAUUGCGAGCUACGCGCUGCUUACACAUAUGAUUGCGCAUGUGUGCGAGCUGGUUCCGGGGAGCUUGACGCACGUCAUGGGGGAUGCGCAUGUCUAUGUCGAUCAUGUGGAUGCGCUCAAGGUGCAAUUAGAGAGGGAGCCGAGAGAUUUCCCUGUACUGGAGAUUGCUAGGGAAAAGGGUGGAAGUAUAGAUGGGUGGAAGUAUGAGGAGCUUUUGGUGAAGGAUUACAACCCACACAAGACGAUCGCGAUGAAGAUGUCCGUAUGA